AUGAUGAAUAACAACAGCGAGACGGUGGUGACGGAGUUCAUUUUGCUUGGUCUCGCGGACCAUCCUGUGGCUCAGGCCAUCUUCUUCUGGGUCAUUCUGGUAAUCUACCUCAUCAACCUGCUGGGGAACGGCCUGAUGGUUGUGUUGAUCAUUACUGACUCCCGCCUGCAUACCCCCAUGUACUUUUUCCUGAGCAACCUUUCCUUCCUAGAUAUUUGCUACACCAGCAGCAGCGUCCCCCAGGCCUUGGUUACCAGCAGCACGGACAGAACUACCAUUUCUUUCAUGGGCUGCAUGGCCCAGAUACACAUCAGCCUGUAUCUAGGCACCACAGAGUGUGUCCUCCUGGCUGUCAUGGCCUAUGACCGUUUUGUGGCCAUAUGCAGCCCUUUACACUACACGUUGAUCAUGAGCUGGCGAAUUUGUGUCCAACUGGCCAUCGGAACAUGGGGUACUGGUCUUAUCCUGACCCUCAUCCCCACUGUAACAGGUCCUAAACGGUUCUGCGGCUCUAAUGUGGUCAACCACUUCUCUUGUGAGGCCCAGACAGUGGGCAAGCUGAUCUGUGGUGACACAUACUUCAAUGAUAUUGUUUCUUUUAUGAACACCGUACUGGUCCUUGUUGUGCCUUUUGUUUUUAUCUUGGUGACGUAUUUGCGAAUCGGCCUGGCAGUUUGGAGGAUCCGUUCUAAACAGGGAUGGAGGAAGGCUCUCUCUACCUGUGGCUCUCACCUAGCUGUUGUUGGCAUCUUCUAUGGUUCAGCCAUGGCCAUGUACCUGCAACCCAAAUCCAAAUAUGCCUCCGACAGGGACAAGAUGUUCUCCGUUUUCUAUGGAGCUGUGACUCCCAUGCUCAACCCUCUGAUAUAUAGCCUGAGGAACAAAGAUGUGAAAGGGGCAUUGCAGAAACUCUUUGGGGGGAAGAUAUCCAGAUAUUAA